UUUAGGGUACAAGAGGUAUAAUUGUACUGCACCUUAAAAUUUAAUUACUUCUCUUUAAGUUUCAUCCAUCCUUACUGUAAUAGGCCACCUGUUUUUUUUCUUGAUGACAAAUAAUGAUAAAUAUUUGCUUCCUUAACAUUCAUUCUCAUAUCCCCGCAGACAAACUAUGUGUAUACAGAGCAGAGCUGGUUAGUAUUCUGUAUGUUAGCUAAUGUGCCUCCCCGUGGGUCUGUAUGUGUGUGUACGUGUGUGUGUGCUGUGCUGCCUGUGCUUACUGUACACUGUGAGUAGUGUAUGAGACUGUGAGUAGCGUAUGACUGUGUGAGCGCAAGAUAAUUUCUGCCUGACUGUUCCCCCCCUGAGCUCACAAUGUCAGUCAUUACAGAACGGCUUUGGCUCCGGCGCACUCUCUCCUUGUCUCCCUCUUUGUCCCUUGUCAUUUGCUGAUGGUGAGACCCCCCUUUUAUUCCAUGACUCCCACCCUUUCUUUUAUCUCAUUUACACCCACCCCAUGUCCCUUGGGAGAAGAUUUAGCAGCAGCAUCGGACUUCAUGUUCCCCCGUCAUCAUCAGGGUGAAGGUAUUUUUUGGGGAGGGGGGGAUACAUGCCUACUGCACACUGGAGUCCUGCUGUCUGUCCGUCUAUGAUUGUGCCCAGAGAUACGAGAGACCCACAGAGAUACUAGAGACCCCAGAGAUAAGAGAGACCCCAGACAUACAAGAGACCACAGAGAUACGAGCGACCACUGAGAUACGAGCGACCCCAGACAUACAAGAGACCACAGAGAUACGAGAGACCCCAGAGAUACGAGAGACCCCAGAGAUACAAGAGACCACUGAGAUACGAGAGACCCCAGAGAUCCAAGAGUCCCCAGAUCCACAGAACGAGCACAUCGGAGUUCCUUUACUCACAGCUCAGCCGAUGUGAAGUCACCACUUCCCACCCAUUGACUGAGGGCAGGAUGAGCGGGGCACGGAGAUGUUACCCCAGCAGAUGGGCAUGGGGAUCCUUUCUGUUCUGCUGCUUGUCCCUCUGUGCUGCCUCUUCCCUCCUCUCCUGCCCCUCUCUGUGUAAGUGCAACAUCAGCAGCCUGGAAGUGGACUGCAGUGGAAGGGGUCUCACAUCUGUACCCCCCAAUAUCCCCCAGGAUACACGAACCUUGCUGCUCCUCAACAACCGCCUAAGCUCACUCUCUGGAAAAGCUUUUUCUAACCUCAGCUCGCUUCACCGGUUGGACAUCUCCAAUAACUUUCUGGACCAGCUGCCUUCACAGCUCUUGAGUGAUCUGGGAAACCUGACGGAGCUCCGUCUCCGCAACAACAGCAUCCGCAGCCUGGACCGUGACCUUCUGCAGGGGCUACCCCUUCUACGUAGGUUAGAUCUAUCCCUCAAUGGACUCUCACAGCUGCCCUCAGGGCUCUUUGAUGACCUCCCCAUGUUGCAUUGGCUCUCUCUGCGCUCCAAUCGGCUGCAGAGCCUGGACAGGGUGACAUUUGAGCCUCUGAGCAACCUGGAGACCAUACAACUUGGGGACAACCCCUGGGAAUGCGACUGCAACCUUCGAGACUUCAAGCACUGGAUGGAGUGGUUCACCUACCGAGGGGGCAAGAUGGAUGAGCUCCAGUGCACUCUCCCCAAGGACCUGCGUGGGAGAGACAUCCGCAUGGUCCCGGUGGAGAUGUUCAGCUACUGCUCACAGCUGGAGGAUGAGAACAACUCCGGGCCAGCAGACAAGCCGGGACCUCCAUGUACAAAGGCAAGUCCUGCUCCAUUAGAGCCAGACCCGGGACUUGAAUGCCCGCAACGUCAACGAUACCGCCCGGCCAGCGUUCGCCGAGCUAUCGGUACAGUGAUCAUCGCUGGAGUGGUGUGUGGCGUGGUCUGCAUUAUGAUGGUUGUGGCGGCUGCUUACGGUUGCAUCUACGCCUCUUUAAUGGCUAAAUACCAGCGGGAGCUGAAGAAGAGGCAGCCGCUGAUGGGAGAUGCAGAGGGAGAGCAGGAGGAACAGAGACAGAUCUCCUCGGUGGCAUGAGGUCCUCUCCGUGUUUCCACCACUCUAGAACGUCUAGCACUCUGUUACCUUUCUACUACGGGCAACAUGAGCCAAUCGUAUUCCGCCUUGCAGCUAAAGGCGUUAAGAUUUCAAGCCCUGCUUAACAACCAAUCACGGUGCUCGGAUGAAACGAAAAGCACUUAACCCAGCAACACCUUCUUGCCCUCUUUUUUUUUUUUCUUCUUAGGACUGACGGACUAUUGAAGAGGAAUCUUUGUAAGUGUGACAAUCUGUUUUGCGGGUCGCAGCACAAAAUAAUACGCCGUGCCACCAGGAAAGAUCGAGAUCCAUUCGAUUUUAUUUUUCUACUUUAACCAUAACAAACCGAAAAACAUCUUUUUAGAGUAUUUCCGAAAGACUGGCCAAGGAUAUAAUGUCCAUUACUUUAACAGCCAGCAAAGAAGUGGGUUUAACUCUUUAGGAGGAGCAUUGGCCGAAAUCAGUAUACAAUAUAUAAUUAAAGGCUAUUUGGCGCUGUACUAAAACCGUGUCCUUGGUUUGAAGUAAUGGAACCAUUUGGACCUGAGAUCACUGGAAUACAGUAACUUUAGAACCGAUACAGGACUCAAGCAAUUCAUCUCAAUGGAUACAAACUCUCCUGCAAACGAGGCAAUAAUGUGAUCACAAUCACCCGGCUGACAUUUCUCAAAUGCCCUUACGCUUAAUGUUUCCCGACAUAUUCCGACAUCCUUAAACUGUGCUCUUUGACUUAUACAGACACUUUGGAAAUUGGGGGAGAGGGGGUAAAUGGAUUACAAACUGUUAACAGUGGGAGGAUUCCAAGACUGCAGCAGGGGUGCCUAUUUAUGUAGUGCUGUUUCAAGCACAGGAAUAUGGGGGGCAAGAUUUGGGUAAAAGCUUUGCUCGAGCCGAGUAUCCCAAAUGUUUUUCUCAUUAUAAAGAUAUUGUAUCCUUAUACUAAUUGAAGGAAGAUGCUGGGGUUCCGUAAAGCUGAAGCUAAUGCUACAACCUCCUGAUUGGUGGAGCUGAUUACUUAAAAGUAUAUACAUACCCCCCCUCCAAUCUAAAGAGAAUAAGGGGCAAAAAAGCCACUGAAUAACAGGACUGGGCAGUCGGGCACCAGGGAAAAACCUUGGGGAGUCUGUUAUGGGUGGUGCAGCCCUGGGCACAGAAACCCCAAUCUGACACUGGCUAAACAAAAUAAUGAAAAAUACAGGUGCGAGAUCCCUUAUCUGGAAAUCCGUUAUCCAGAAAGCUCUUAAUUACAGGAAGGCCACCUCCCAUAGACUACAUCUUCAAAAAAGAAUUCCCAUUUUUAAAAAUGUAAUAAUAAAACAGUAGUUUGUAAUUGAUCCCGACCAAGAUAAAAUUAAUCCUUAUUGGAUAUAAAACAUUCCUAGUGGGUUUAAUUAAAAGUUUAAAUCAUUUCUAAGUCAUGGAGAGCCAAAUAACGGAAAAGAUCCCUUAUCUGGAAAACGCCAGGUCCUGAGCAUUAUGGAUAACAGGCCCCAUACAUGUUGUGAUAAUAAUGGAAUUAAAGCAGUGCCAGAACUAUUAGUAGGAUGGAUACUCAUAAGUUUUGGGGCGAAAGUGGAGGGGUGCAAUGCCACACCCCCACCCAAAUUUUUUUUAUUGCAGUACAGUUUCUGUUUACUCCCCUUGCGUUGAAGGGGCUGGUAGUUUUGGGCACCAAUACAGCACCAUUGUAUUCUCCCAGUUUUCAUGGUAUCUCAUUGCCCAAGCUGAGACAUCUUAAACUGGUAUGGGAUCCGUUAUCCAGAAACCUGUUAUCCAGAAAGCUCUGAAUAACGGAAAGGCCGGCUCCCAUAAACCCCAUUUUAUCCA